UAAAUCUGGGAACGGAGAAGUCCUACGUUCAAACAUCAAAUAAACCCAACCAGAUCACCAGAAGCGAUGCUGCUCGCAAAGCAGAGAACAUUUCAACUAUUUUUUGUUCAGAUUCUCUCUGAAAAUCCUUAAAGAGAGUAUUACAAAUCUCCAUCCCUCCAUCGCAAAGUGAUUGCAAACUAUUGAAAACGAAGCCUGCCCUUUUAAUUAGUGAGGGUUUUCUACUGGAAUAGAGAUGUCGUUCGAUCUUGUUUUGAAGCCGUCAUGCGGUGGCUGUGGGUCAAACACUGAUCUUUACGGUAGUAAUUGUAAGCAUAUGACUCUAUGCUUGUUCUGCGGAAAAACCAUGGCUGAGAACCAUGGAAAAUGUUACGAGUGUGGCGUUCCACUUACACGAUUAAUUCGGGAGUAUAAUGUCCGAGCCAGUUCUGCCAGUGAUAGAAAUUACUUCAUUGGCAGAUUUGUCACAGGGGUUCCCAAUUUUUCAAAGAAGAAAAAUGCUGAUAAUAAAUGGUCUCUCCAAAAAGAAGGGCUUCAGGGGCGCCAAGUUACAGAUGCUUUGCGGGAGAAGUACAAAAAUAAGCCUUGGCUUUUGGAGGAUGAGACUGGCCAAUUUCAGUUUCAGGGUCAGCUUGAGGGUGCACAAUCCGCAUCUUAUUAUCUGCUCAUGAUGCAAGGGAAGGAGUUCGUUGCUAUUCCUGCUGGUUCCUGGUACAACUUUAACAAAGUUGCUCAAUAUAAGCAACUUACCUUGGAAGAAGCUGAAGAGAAGAUGAAAAAUAGGAGAAAAACUGCAGAUGGAUACGAGAGAUGGAUGAUGAAAGCAGCAAAUAAUGGAGCUGCUGCCUUUGGUGAAGUGGAAAAAAUUGAUGACAAGGAAGGUGGUGGUGGGGCUACUGGACGGGGACGUAGGAAAGCAUCUGGUGAUGAUGAUGAAGGGAAUGCCUCGGAUAGGGGAGAAGAGGAUGGAGAAGAAGAAGAGGCAAGGAAAAAUAGACUUGGACUUGGAAAAAAAGUUGGUGAUGACGAUGAAGAAGGUCCUAGGGGAGGCGAUCUUGAUUUUGAUGAUGAUGAUAUUGAGAAGGGUGAUGAUUGGGAGCAUGAAGAAAUAUUCACUGAUGAUGAUGAGGCUGUGGGUAAUGACCCUGAGGAAAGGGAAGAUUUGGCUCCUGAAGUUCCUGCUCCUCCAGAAAUCAAACAGGAUGAAGAGGGUGAGGAAGAAGCUGAUGAAGAGGAGGGAGGCCUAAGCAAAUCCGGAAAGGAGCUACAGAAGCUGCUUGGCCGAACCAAUGGUCUAAAUGAUUCAGAAGGUGAAGAUGAUGACGAUGAUGAUGAUGUGGAAGAUGAGAUUGGCCUUUCCCCUGUACUGGCUCCAAAACAGAAGGAUGCACCGAAAGAGGAACCGACUGAUAUCAGCCCCUCAAAAGCAGGACCAUCAGGAUCAGCACGAGGAACUCCUUCUGCAUCAAAGUCAACUAAGACAAAAAGGAAAUCAGGUGGGGAUGAUGCAAAAGUUUCUAAUGGAGCACCUGCAAAGAAAGGGAGAUUUGAUAAUGAGUCAAAACCAUCUGUGAAAGAUGAGCCAUUGUCCACUCCCAAGAGUAGUGCACCUCCAAAAGGUUCAGCUUCAUCUUCCAAAGCUGGACCAACACCACCGACUGGCCCUGUUACUGAGGAUGAAAUCAGGGCUGCAUUGCUGCAAAUGGCACCAGUUACAACGCAGGAUCUUGUUGCUAAGUUUAAAGCAAGACUAAAAUCGAAGGAGGACAAGUCGGCUUUUGCAGAUAUCCUGAGGCGAAUUUCUAAGAUACAGAAGACGAAUGGACCCAACAACUAUGUUGUGUUGAGAGAUAAAUGAUAAUUAGGCGACAUACUUGAGCUUUUCUGAUGGCCUUGGCCUGCUUGCUUUUGCUUGGAGUUGCAUAUGAUACCACAUUUUGAGGAGAGAGGCCAGCUCAGGCGUCACCCCUAUUUUCUCCGGUGCUAGAUUCAGAACCAGGAGGGUAGUCUGCAGGCUUUACCAUAUUCUGGUGGAUCAUUAGCUUGGGAUUCUCUAAUUUGUUGGCUUACGUUUGUCCCAGUCCUUUGUGUAACAUGCAUUAUUGCAUAACAGAGAACACCAGUCACAUUGUCUGUGGAAAACAGUAUUGCUCUCUGCUUCAUGAUGUCAGAAUACUAACCUUCUUUGGGCAUUAUGUAACCAAAAACUGGCCAGAAAAGAUAAAGAUCAGUCAUUAGUUUUUUUUC